GUGUCCCUUUGGGCGGGUGUUGUGCUGGCUCUGUCAGCCGAGCAUGGCCCCGGCUGCAGGACAACCCCGCUGGCGCCGCCGUCCUGCCGGGGCCGGAGUUGGGGGGAUGUCCUUGGCCUUCCCUGUGGGCCGGAGGCAAAUCCCCUGCCUGUCCUUCUUGCUUCCUGCCCCAGGCCCCGAGCUGAGGACGGAGAGCCCGGAGGACAAAUCCCCCCGUGAGACCCUGGUGGGAGAGGCCGUUUUGAAGGGCUCCCCGGCGCAGGAAGGCAGCGGGGAGGAAAAGGGCCGGAGAUCCCCCCGCAGGAGGGGCUCCAAAGCCAUCCCAGGGUGCUCUGAGGAGGAAAGAGCCAGCCUGUGUUGGGAAGGCGGCCAGAGCUUGAGGGGGAGCUCUGAGCUGGUGGUCCCUGAGCAGCCUCCCAGCAGGGAGAAGCCCUUCAGGUGCUUGGAAUGUGGGAAGAGCUUCAGGACAAGCACUGAACUAAUCCAACACCAGCACAUCCACACUGGAGAACAUCCCUACAUGUGUGGGGAAUGUGGAAAGAGCUUCAGGCACAGCUCCAGCCUGAUCCGACACCAGCAAAUCCACACUGGGGAACGGCGCUACACAUGUGGGGAAUGUGGGAAGAGCUUCAGGGACAGCUCCGACCUGAUCCGACACCACCAUAUCCACACUGGGGAAUGGCCAUACACAUGUGGGGAAUGUGGGAAGGGCUUCAGGAAGAGCUCCUGCCUCCUCUCCCACCAGCUCAUCCACACUGGGGAGUGUCCCUACACAUGUGGGGAAUGUGGGAUGAGCUUCAAGCAGAGCUCCACCCUCUGCCGCCACCAGAUGAUCCACACUGGGGAACGGCCCUACACAUGUGGGGAGUGUGGGAAGAGCUUCAACCAUCGCUCCACCCUAUUCACCCACCGGCUCAUCCACACUGGGGAACGGCCCUACACGUGUGGGGAAUGUGGGAAGAGCUUCUACCAGAGCUCCACCCUCCACAUCCACCAGCGUAUCCACACUGGGGAACGGCCCUACAAGUGCUUGGAAUGUGGGAAGAGGUUUCACACCAGCUCACAUCUCCUUGUGCACCAGCGGACGCACACGGAUGAGAGGCCCUUCCGCUGCACCGACUGUGGGAAGGGCUUCAAGCACAACUCCACCCUCGUCAGGCACCGGCGCAUCCACAGCGGGGAGAGGCCCUACAAGUGCUUGGAAUGUGGGAAGAACUUCAGUCACAGCUCUGACCUGACCCGACACCAGCAUAUCCACACUGGGGAACGGCCCUACAUGUGUAGGGAAUGUGGGAAGAGCUUCAGUCAGAGUUCCGACCUGAUCCGACACCUGCACAUCCACACUGGGGCACGGUCGUACUCAUGUGGGGAAUGUGAGAAGAGCUUCAGGGACAGCUCCAGCUUGAUCCGACACCAAAUGAUCCACACUGGAGAAUGGCCCUACACAUGUGGCAAAUGUGGGAAGAGCUUCAGGGACAGCUCCAACCUGAUCCGACACCAGCGCAUCCACACCGGGGAACGGCCCUACAAGUGUAGGGAAUGUGGGAAGAGCUUCAGGUACAGCUCCCACCUGAUCCGACACCAGCUCAUCCACACUGGGGAAUGGCCCUACACCAGGGAACGGCCCUACACGUGUGGGGAAUGUGGGAAGAGGUUUCAGACCAGCUCCAAUCUCUUCCAGCACCAGCGGACGCACACGGAUGAGAGGCCCUUCCGCUGCACCGACUGUGGGAAGGGCUUCAACCGGAACUCCAACCUCAUCACCCACCGGCGCAUCCACACCGGUGAGAGGCCCUACAAGUGUGGGGAGUGUGGGAAGAGCUUCAACAAGAGCUCUGGGUUGACCAGACACCAGAGGGCCCACCAGUAAGGGAAGGCCUGCCAGUGCCCCGGCUGCAGGAAGAGCUUUGGCUGCUCCU